UAUCUUGGUACAAGUCGGCCAUGCUUCCAGAUCUAGAAUUUGAUGAAUUUGACUGGAGGGAAAGAACAAAUCGAGAGUUUGUGAACAUGAUUGAUCAUGUGCUCUUAGUUCAUAUUGUCCCCAUACGCAAGUUCAUACUACGCUGUACUAUGAAUCAGGUAGCCCCGAGAGAUAUUGAUCGAUGGAUUACUCAUCUAUCAAGAAACUCUAUCAAAGAGUUGAUAAUUAAUCUUUGGAUAGUCCAGGAAUAUAACAUUCCAUUCUCUCUGUUUUCAUGUCAAGGUCUUGUUCGUUUGGAGUUACUCGAGUGUUUGCUCAAACCUCCGUCAACAUUCAAAGGGUUCAAGAGCUUGAAGAGUCUUCAACUCCAUCAUGUCGGCAUGGCCCAAGAUGCGUUUGAAAAUUUGAUUCGUUGCAGUCCUCUGCUCGAGAGAUUAACAUUGCUAAGUUGUGACGGUGUCACCGGUCUCAGAAUUGAUGCACCCAAUCUCCAAUAUUUGGAAGUUUUAGGUGAGUUUGAUGUCGUUAACCUUGACAGUGCCUCAAGUAUUACUGAGGCUGAAAUUUGGAUGGGCAUCGGUAAUGACCCAAUAGGAGUUCCAGCCGGUUGGAUUCCUGCCUGCAGUUCUAGCAAUUUGCUCAUGAUCUUUGAUCACCUACCUCACAUUCGAAGGCUUGAAAUUAGGAGGCACUUUUUAGAUUAUUUGUCUCUGGGCGCCUUGCCAGAAAAGCUCACUAAACCAUGUCAACAUCUGAAGGCUCUUUCUAUAGACAUAUGCUUCGAUGAUCCGGAUGCAAUUCCAACUGCUCUAUGCCUUCUGAGAAGCUCCCCUGCUCUACAAGAACUAGAAAUUUUUGUGGAUCAGAGAAAGAAACUCCCAAGGAUACACUCUAUUGUUGAAGAACUGAACUCUCCUUGUGUGAAUGACAACUACAAUUGCACAUUUUCUCAACUGCGACUUGUGAAAAUAACUGAGAUCUCUGGUGUUAAAGCUGAACUAGAUUUCAUCAGAUUUCUACUUUUAAGUUCACCUUUGCUUGAGAGAAUGACUGUCAUGCCUGGUAGAUUUCCCGAGCCUUCUUAUGCGGAUGGUUUUCCGAAACUAGUAAAAGAGCUACUCCAGUUUAAACGUGAAUCAAAGCAUGCAGAGAUAAUUCUCCUGGACCCAUAAUUCAUCAAUGAAUUGAAGCAGCUUUGAGGUUCUGGACUGCUGGUGGAAAUGAAUUUGGGUUUGGAGUUGUACCUUACACUGACGGUAUUUAAUAUUUAGAUUUCCACUGUCAUUAUUAAGUUCAAUUUACUUAUGAAAUGAUGUAUCAAGUUAUAUCUUUUGUCAGAACAAUGGAAGGUCCGAACAAAAUCUGGUAAGAAAAAUUUGGGUGUGGCAGUCUCUAAUGUAAUUUCAAUGUCGUUUCAUCAUCAAAAAACCCUACUCGCUUCUCAGCUUAAUUAGAUGGUUUUGUUUGUUUCUGAAUUUCUAUGGCUUUGCACCUUUGACAUGCAAAUAAUAGAUGAGAAGUCAUUGAACAAAUGCAGAGCACCAUUGACUUGUUGUUCCCACAGCACUAAUGCACUUCCCAUUCUCCUUAGAGCUGACCACGAAGACUCCACGUUAAAUUGUAUAUACUUGAAAACUUCUUUUGUAUAUGACAGGUUAAAUUGGGCUAGUAUUAUUCAAUUAGUUGUGGUAAUAGAACACUCCUCUGUAAUAGUUUGCUUUCUAUCUCGAUCCAGCUCUAGAUUCUCAAUACACUUAAACACUAGAGAGUUAGAAAGGGUUAUCUUUGUCACCUGGACUUACUUUCAUUGAAGUUGCAAGAAUGUAGCUCACUACAUUGCUAAAUGUGCUUACCCUUCUUUUUAGGCAUGGUAUUGGAUGGUGGAACUGCCACCUGAUUUCAUCUGCCUAUCUAACUUUUCAUGUAAGAGUCGAAAGUCAUCAGAGGGUUAUGGUACUCCUUUUGUUGAUACUGGGCAGGUUUAUAAAAUGGCACAGGACGUACUCCUUUUCUUUUCGGUUUUAAAAAAGCCCAAGAUGCCAGGGCAGGAGGGAAACAGCUCACAAAAGGGCAUAAAGCAAAGAAAAGGCCUUCAUGAUACAAAGAGGAGAACAAGAACAGUCAAAAGUAGACUCUGGGACAGAAAUAGAUCUAGACGAAGCUCCGCCAUGAUCCAGGUUGACGCUUAGGUGUGUUCUAACUCCUUUGAGUGAUGGAGUCUAAUUUAGUGUGCUGGUGCUGAAGAUGGAGUCGGACAGAAUUAGCAGUUUACCAAAUGAUGUCACAGAAAAGAUUUUUUCAUGUAUGCCGCUUAGGGAAGCAGUGAGGACAAGUGUUUUAUCCAGCAAUUGGAGGUACAAAUCGGCCAUGCUUCAAGAUCUAAAAUUUAAUGAAUAUGACUGGAGGGAAAGCCAAAAUCGGGAGGUCGAUGAUUAUGAUGAUCAAAUCCAAACAACCUUUGCGAACAUGGUUGAUCAUAUACUCUUACUUCAUAUCGGCAUCAUACGCAAGUUCCAGCUCCUUGCUGACAGGGUAGCCACCAGAGAUAUUGAUCGAUGGCUUACUCAUCUAUAAAGAAACUCUAUCAAAGAGUUGGUACUUUGUCUCUGGGUAUCUAAAUACCACAUUCCAUUAUGUGUGUUUUCUUGUCAAGAUGUCGUUCUUUUGGAGUUAACUAAAUAUUUUCUUCUGGAUUCAAAUUUAACUGAGGUUUGGCUCAAACCUCCGUCAACGUUCAAAGGAUUCAGGAGCUUGAAGAGCCUCCAACUUGUGGGCAUCACCAUGGCCCAACAUGUGUUUGAAGAUUUGAUAUGUUGCAGUCCUCUGCUUGAGAGAUUAAUAUUGCAACAUUGUGUUGGUGUCACCACUCUCAAUAUUGAUGCACCAAAUGUCAAAUUUUUAGAUAUUUUAGGUGUCUUUGAUGUUGUCAAUCUUAAAAGUACCCUAAAUCUUACUGAUGCUUCAAUCUAUGUGACCAUCUAUACUGAAGCUCCUCACCAAAGAUGGGUUCCUGGCAGUUCUAGCAAUUUGCUCAAGAUUUUUGAUCACCUCUCUCAUAUUUGAAGGCUCGCAAUUAAGUCGCAUUUUUUAAAUUAUUUGUCUCUUGGUGCCUUGCCUGAAAAGCUUCCUGAACCAUGUGAAUAUCUGAAUGUUCUUUCUAUAGACAUAUGCUUUGAUGAUCCGGAUGCAAUUCUAACUGCUCUAUGCAUUCUGAGAAGCUCCCCUGCUCUACAGGAAUUAGAAAUUCUUAUGGAUCGCAGAAAGAAACUCACAAGGACACCCAGUGUUGUCGAUGAACAGAAAUCUUCUUGUUUAGAUGUGAGCUACAAUUGCACACUUUCUCAACUGAGACUUGUGAAAAUAACUGACAUCUCUGAUUCUCUGGUGUUAAAGCUGAACUAGAUUUCAUCAGAUUUCUACUUUUAAGUUCACCUCUGCUUGAGAGAAUGACUAUCACACCUCCUCAAUUUCCUAAGCCUGCUUCUGUGGAUGGUUUUCCGAAACUAGUAAUAGAGCUACUCCAGUUUAAACGUGAAUCAAAGCAUGCAGAGAUUAUUCUCCUGGACCCAUAAUUCAUCAACGAAUUGAAGCAGCUAAGAGGUUCUGGACUUCCUGUAGAAAUGAAUUUGGCUAGGAGUUGUCCCUUUUGGUACAAGUUUAAAGUCUUUAUAUCAAGAAUUCCAUGCACUGUCAUUAUUAGUUGAACUUGAUUACGAAAUAUGUAUCAGGUUACUUUUUCUGUCAGAGUAAUGAAAGGUCCGAAGCUAGUAAGAAAAAUUUGGGUGUAGUAGCAGUCUCUUUAAUGUAAUAACAAUGUCGGUU